AUGCGCCUGGGAGAGUGGUUGCCCAGCGGCAAGGACAAAGAAGGCAAAGAGCCCGCAGACCUUCUUCCGCUGGUCAUCUACUCGGACUUCGAGGUGGAUGACCUCAUGGCCAUAGCCCAGAUCUGGGAAUGGAAGUUGGAGCGGCUGGGCCUCAAAGGAUCCAAAGCAAGGCCCGUGAUCAUCUGUGCGGCAGACUUCGUGCACAAAGACGGCUGCACUGUCUUCGAGAAGAAGUUGCUCAUGGCUCGGCUCAUGCUGGGCCUCGAGCCUUGUCGAGACUUCCAGAUCAUCUGCCCAGACAUCGCCAAGUGCGAUGCGACGGUUCGCCCACUUGCCGAAUCUGUGUUGAGCUGCAGAGCGUCCUCCCUGGCAGCAUUAGCGGAGGAGAUCAAUCAAGUAGCCAGUGGCGAGAGCGACGUGGAUUUCUACAUCAUUGCGCCGGGGCGAGGUCAACUGGGCGAUGUGCGCCUCGUCAUGUCUCAUCUUUCCAAGCUUUCGCCGCAGUUCUCUACGGUGGAGACACGCUACCCCUCAGCCUUUGAAAGGCUGUGCAAGAGCGCCCACGUGGUGAUGUACACUGGCUCCUUCAACACCACUGGCACCCAACCCAGGGACUUGGAGUAUCUGUGCAAGGUUGCGCAGUCCAAGCCCCUCAUCGACAUCUCCAAGUUCAUCUUUUUUGGUCGGGCGGAUGCUGAUCCGGUGACGGCCAGUGCGGACAGCUUCGCAUCUCCGACGCUCGCGAUGAAGCUCUCAGAGGCUUCGGAACUGCUUCCAGCGGCCAUCGUUCUGUUUGCGGAGGAGUUCCAGGGCAACCUGAUCCGCCCCACGUCCUGGACGCUCUUCCGGGGGCACACACUGACGGAGGAGGAGACGAAGCGCUUUCAGGAGACCAUCGCCCCCUUGGCCGAUAGUGGCCCCUUCCAGAAGUAUGCGGAGGCCCUGAUGAAUGACCCGCUCUUCCAAAAGGUAGCAAGCUACAAGCAGAGCACCGUCAAGGCUUUCGCACUCGGCACUUGUGAUGCUCCACUUUGUGAUGAAGUCUGCUUCCUCUUCGAGUGGUGCCUGGCAAACUGCCCGGAGUCGCUGCUGGAUGCACAGGGAGACGGAGGAGAGUGGUGGAUUGAUCCGGAGAAUGGCUUCUCAGGCAUCGCCACAGAAGCUCACCCUGCACCAGAGAGGGCGCGCCGCUUGGGCGUGCGGGCAUUGCAGCCGAGUAUGAAGGAUCCCAAGGAUCAGGCGUUUCUCCAGAAGAUGCGUGACGUCUUGGAGGAGUAUGUGCUGAAGCACAUGGACAGCCACUGGAACCCUUGA